UGAAGUACAUUUAACGCUUUUAGUACAAAGUCUCUAAUAAAAAUUUAAAAGUUAAAAUAAAUGAAUUAUAAUUAUUAUAAUUAAUUAUAUUAAUAGAUUUAAAACGAUAAGCCGGUAGAUACAACAUGGAAAGCGAAAACGAUGAACAUGAACAAGACUACGAAGAGGAUGAUUCAAGAGAUGAAGAAAUUGAAGACAAUGAUUCAAGAGACGAAGAAAUUGAAGAUAACGAUUCAAGAGGUGAAGAAAUCGAUGAGAAUGAUUCAAGGAAUGAAGAAAAUGAAGAGAAUGAUGAAGGUUCUUCAGAAAAUAGGGUGAAGCUUCCAGUUAUCAAUCCUCUAGCAUAUAUUAAAAAUAAGAAAAAACGUGAAGAAUUGUACAAGAAGCUUAAACAACAAAAAUCAAAAGAAAAACGGCAAGCUCGUAAACGUCGUGAAAAAAUAAAAACUACUAGCAAUCCUGGACACACUAUUGAAAGUCUGAGGGAAACUGAUCAAACCAAUAUAACUGAACUAAAUGAUUUAGAAAAUGAAGAACUGCAAAAGGAAUUAGAUUUAGAUGAAUUCAGUUCCUACUUCGCUGCAAGAUACACGCCGAAAAUAUUUUUAACAUUUUCUAAUAACCCAACAACAAAGACAAGAAAAUUUGGCAUAGAGCUUGCAAGAGUAGUACCCAAUUGUUUGGUCAAAUUAAGAAAUCGUUUUUCAGUAAAAAGAAUCGUUAAAAGUGCUAUUAAGGAGGAAUUUACAGAUGUUCUUGUAGUAAAUGAAAAUCGUCAUAGGCCAAAUGGUCUGUUAGUAAUUCACUUGCCCGACGGGCCUACAUUUCAUUUUAAAGUUAGCAAUGUAAAACUUACUAAAGAUAUUAAGCGUGAUCAUAGGGAAAUCACAAAACAUCGACCAGAAGUGAUAUUGACUAAUUUUACAACAAAACUUGGUUUAACUGUUGGUAGAAUGUUUGGAUCUUUAUUUAACCACGAUCCGCAGUUUAAAGGAAGAAGGGUUGCAACUUUCCACAAUCAGCGAGAUUUCAUAUUUUUUAGGCACCAUCGAUAUGAGUUUAGCAAAGAUGGGAAAAAAGCUAAACUUCGAGAAUUAGGGCCCAGGUUUACCCUUAAAUUAAGAUCUAUCCAGGAUGGAACAUUUAAUAGUAAAACUGGAGACUACACUUGGAUCAUAACAAAUAAACGGCAUGCUAUGGAAGGUCGCAGAAGGUUUUAUUUAUGAUAUGUUCAUAAAAAACUUUUAGCCCAAUAAAAAUAAAAUUAAGCGUAUUUUUUACAUUA